AUGCAUGACGGUGAUGCGAGCGAAAGAGAGAAGGCCCAGCAAGCGGAGCAGUAUCAAGUGAAAAUCCAGAACAACAGUUUUUGUCUGCUUCUUUCUGGAUUGGCGGAUAUCUAUGAACAGUAUGGGGUCUUGGUCUCAGAAGUUCAAAAAGUGAACCUACUACCAUUUCAGCGAUUUGACAAGUUUACAGGUCACAUGGAGAAAAUGAAGAAAAUGGUCAAGUGCCUUUCAGAUCACAACAACUGCGGGAAGGACAAAUGCUUCUGGCCACAUUAUCACAAGAACAAACCAGGCAUUCUUAACGGCCAGUUUGUUGGCACUCAGAUUAUAGAGGAUCACGAAGUACAGCAUGUUCAUAACACGAGGAGAGCCCGGCAACAAGAAGCAGAUAAUGCCACCACAAGCCCCGUCAUGGCCGCGGAAAGGAAACUCGCUGACUUGACAACCCAACUUGUGAAAGGUUUCAGGGAAUACGUUUAUAGCGAAGAUGCCUUGGAAAUGGUUGAAAGUACAAGAUUUUUGACUGAUCUGACAUCCUUAGCCAUGCAGAUUCGAGAGAAAGGACAUAUUUUAUUAGGUGUUCUUAAUGCCGACAAGUUUGUUCGAAUCGCCAAGAAAAUCUCGCGAAACGUCCGCGUUGUGAAUAACCAAGAGAUAGUCCGACAAUACAAGAUUUUCGUACGAAGACUAGCAUCAAAAACAGAAGCAAUAGCAAUACCAGAGUUGCAAAAGAUGGAUAGCAAGAAUUUAAUAAAAAAAUUCCUGACCAGUGGCGGUGAACUAUACGUUGGUUGUGAGAUGGUAGUUGAAGCAAUAGUUGUUGCAGCAAUCAAAAUGACUGUUGAGUCUAUUGCUGAAUCAGAUAUUUUGCGCUACAAUACGCACAACAGUAAACUAAGAAGUAUGUCCGAGGAAGCUGUGCUGAUCGCAUCUUAUCUUCAGCCUUGUCAAAGUAUUUCAGGCAUGGAAACUGGCAUUUUGUAA